AUGAUGUUCUACACGCAGCUCUUCACGUCCAAACGCGGCCCUUUAGCUAAAAUAUGGCUCGCAGCGCACUGGGAAAGGAAACUCACAAAGGCCCAUGUGUUUGAAUGUAACCUGGAAACGACAAUUAGGGAUAUAAUUUCGCCAAAGAUGAAAAUAGGACUGAGGACGUCUGGUCAUCUGCUGCUUGGUGUGGUCAGGAUCUACUCCAGAAAAGCAAAGUACCUCCUUGCAGACUGCAAUGAUGCUCUCAUUAAAAUUAGAAUAGCAUUUAGACCAGGUCAGACAGAUCUUCCUGAGGAGGGGCUGGAGGCAACAGUAAAAGCAAUUACCUUAAGUGAAGAUUUCUCGGCCUUUGAUACCCAACUACCACCCCUAAGCAACAUAGAUGUUGUGGACCAUUUUUCACUCAACCAGUGUCGAUCAGAGGAAAUCACUCUGAAAGAGGAUUUUGGAAAUGGCUUUUUGAACUUUGCAGACAUCGGGGAUUCCCAGGACCACAAUAGGAUACUAGAUGCAAGCUUUCAUAGCCUGGCUGAAGAGGGAGACGCUUUUGGUGACGAGGAUAGAGGAUUCGAUUUGCUUGACUUUCUGACAAACUCCAGUGAUCAUACUGUUUGCAAUGAGCUAAUUGUACAAGAACCUGAAAAUGGGAAUCCAGAAAAUCCUAUGCUCAACAAUGAACACGAUGCUGAAGGAGGGGAACCUCUUGAGGAUGAAACACCUACACUAAAUGAGACCACCCUGCUUACUAAUGAAGACGAGGCUUUUGCUCUUGAACCUGUGACCAUCAACACAAAUUCUGAGAGAAAGAAAGGAAAACAGAAACGCAAGUUGAUUGUGGAUGAGGCCAAAGAACUGACCAACGAAUUCAUCAGAGAACAGCUUUCAGACUAUUCAGAUCUGGUUGGGCCCUUCGACAUGGCCCCGCCGACGGUGCAGCUAAUGCAAUGGAAGGAGACUGGAGGUGCAGACAAACUCUUUGCACAUCCAUGUUCCACUGUAAUAGCACCACAAAUAAAUGAGCUCUUUGUCAACAGUAUUUUCCGGGUGAAAUAUCAAGGUGUUGGUGAAGAAACUGAGCAGAUGCGUCACAAUAGGCAGGAAGUUCAGAUGGGUCUGAGUUCAUUCACCAUGGAAAAAACUAGUGUAAUUGAUUCACCAGUUGAUGCUGAAAUAACACACAGCCCCAGUUUGACAGUCCUUGAUCAAAUGAACAGUCAUCAUGAGACUUACUCAGAUUUCACACAAGAUGUAAACGAGUUUGAGGUCACUCAUCCAGAGCUUCCUUCAGAAGACAGCAUGUUUGCCCAUUCAUCCCUCACGAUACAGGAGACAGAGUCAACGUUGGCCCACAGCCAGCGUAUGCUGGACAGUCAGGAACUUGAGGAGAGGAGAAUGACCAGGCGAGCAAAGAAACUCCUGAACACUUUAAGAAGUCAGAGCGACAGUAGCACCAUGUUCAGCCUGAAGACUCUCUGUAAGGGCACCACUCGCUUGCAGGCUGCAACCACUUUCUUCUCUCUUCUGGUCCUUAAAAAACAACAAGCUGUCUGCCUUCACCAGAGGGCUCCCUACGAGGACAUCUCUGUGACCCCUGGGUCCCAGUUCUUAGGUUAAUAAAACUGAUACUACCUGCAUGAAAGCGACAGUUUGGGUUCAUAAGUGAGUUGUAGUGCAUGUUCCACUGGCUCUGACAAAGGAUAAGCAGAGGAAAAAUGUGUUUAAAUGUUAAAACUGCUUCAAAAGACAAAUGCACCUAAUAAGUUGCCUAUGUUUGUAUCAAGGUAUCUGCAGGUCUGAAAGUUUGUAAGUCCUUUAACAGCAAGAACAUUAAUGUUUGUUUAAAAAAAUACAUAUAUAUUUUAUUACAGUUGCCUUUCCACUGGUUUUAAAAGGGCUUAAGAAGUUGUACAUCUGUGACCUGCAAAUACCUCAUGUUAUUGUGUUUUAAAAGUCAUACAGUUGUUUUCUUAUGGCACUUUUCCUUUGAUGAAUGAAGUGGUCGGUGAAGGUAUCUGACAUCAUACCUGCCUGAUACAUAGCAUUGUUCUUCUAUUUAUCUCAAACAACCUGUAAUGUAAUACCAGUCAGGCGCCAGGUGUCACGUGACCUUUUUGUAAACGGUAACCUUGAUCUUGUAAGAUAAAAGUCAUUGGGUUUUGUUAUUUUUAAAAAACUUACUGUUAAAAGCACAUAUUUAUAUACUAUAAAUAUUUUGCGACAAAGCAUAAAAUGUGUAUAUAUUUUAAUGUUUUACAAAGAAUUUGUAUUUUGGACAUGAUGCUCAUUUAAUGGUUCUAACGGUCCAGAUGUUUGUUUUAAAAUAAUUUUGUCCUGCAGCUUAAACCCUGAAAAUGGUUUCAGUCUCAGUACCGGUAUUUAGUUUAUUUCAUGUUAUGCUGCUUGGACCUGAAGCUCGUGUUCUCCUCUUCUGUAAAAAGUCCACCGAGUUUAGCGUUUGUAUAGAGCUGUGUUGGGUCAUAUAAUAAAAACAUUUACAUCAA